GAGGGGGUGUGGCAGCCGCUAUAAGGGAGGGAAGGCGGGAUGGGACUAAACCUUCUCUGACCUCGAUGGCAGCAGCAAAGGCCUCUUCCGAGGAGGUCAUGGACCUGCGGCUGGAGCAGGCCCGACGUUUCAAGGAGGAAGGGAAUUGCUAUUACAAAGAAGGGCGUUUCCGUGAUGCCGUAAGCCGUUACCACUGGGCCCUUCUGCAGGUGAAAGGGCUGGAUCCCAGCGUGCCGUCUCCUUUGCAGGAAUUUGGCGGGGAGAAGCCUCAUGUAACCCCUGAGCAAGAAUGCUCUCUCCACAGCACCCAAAGCGACUGCUACAAUAAUCUUGCUGCUUGUCUCCUCCACAUGGAACCUGUGAACUAUGAGCGGGUGAAAGACUACAGUCUAAAAGUCCUGGAAAGGCAGCCGGAGAACACGAAGGCCCUGUAUCGUGCUGGAGUGGCAUUCUACCACCUUCGGGAUUAUGACAAAGCACGCCGCUAUCUCCUGGAAGCUAUCAGCAAGCAGCCCAAAGAUGCCAAUGUGAAGCGUUACUUGCAGUUGACAGAGUCCCAGCUGAGCAGCUACCAUCAAAAGGAGAAGCAGCUUUAUAUGGGAAUGUUUGGGUAGAGGCAGCAGUUCCUACCUAGAAGUACCCGGACGUGGAGUCGCACUGGUUCCCAUUUUCUUGCAGACUGUACGUGUUCAUUGGCUCUGGAGGUUUCAGAUGUGUCAUGUGCUUAAUAGCCAAUUUAAACUGAAGAUGUUAAGAGAGGGGGCCUCAAUAAUUUCUUCUAUCACCGGUUUGGAAUGGAAAAGGAUUAGGGAUGGAUUGUGCAACCUGUUAUGGGUUUCCUCCCACUACUAAAGCAGGUAAAGCAGGAAUCAGUGGGGGGGGGGGUGGAGAUCUAAUGGUUAUUCCCUUUGGUUCAUAAAAUAUGUUGGGAAUUC